ACCCAGGAACGCCGCCGCUGCCGCCACAGCCAAGAUGAAUGUUGACAUGACACUUGUGCGGGAGUGAGCCACGGAAGCUUCACGUCGGUGACAGAGAGGCGGGUUCGUCCGUAGGGAAGCACCGGAGCCGGAGCAGCUGAAGCGGACCCCAGACCCGCAUAUGGCUUCUCUGGGCAGCGCAGAGCGACGGGCUUUCGCUCUGAAAAUCAACAGGCACUCUUCCGCAGAGAUCAGGCGUCACUUUAUUGGAAACCAUGGAUUCCAUCACAGCCGAACCAACUCCAACGCAUCAGCUUCAGUGUGCCUCACUGUGCCCCAGUCAUAUGAAGCAGUGGAGCCUUUGGACCUGGAGGAGUUUUUGAUGUCACAGCUACAAAGUGGAGACUCAGCUCUGAUGCAAGAGCUCGGAGACUUUCCUGAUGAUGACCUGAAAGUGGAGCAGGUGGAGAAGGAGUGUCGGACUGUGAAACACUCUGUCCCAGCGGAUGGAGUGGAGUUGGAGCCCCAUGUAAGAGACUGUGUAAAGAGUUACACCCAGCCAUGGCUUGUGGUCUCUAGAAGGUGCCAGGGAGAUGGCUGGAGCGCAUAUUCAGAGCGAGCCGGUCUGCACAAACUCCUUCGGAAACAGACCUUUGAGUCAGACGUCCAGCCUGAAAACCAGCAGACACCAGUCAAGUCUCCAACUCUAGCAGGGUUGACUGAUGACUGUGGCCGCACACUGACCUCCUCCGACUUUAACCUGCGGUGUUUAACCCCGGACCAGAGAGUUGAGGGGCUGCUGGCUUUCAGCAGUCAUGAGGAGCUUGACCGCUUCAACCAGGAUGCACGGCAGGGAAACAGACACCCUGAGCUGUUUGCACUGUACCCACCAGCUGACGAGGAAGAGGCAGUGGAGAUCAGGCCCAUUCCUGACUGUCCUAAAGAGCACACUGGAGACCGCAUCCUGAUCAGAUGCCAAGCCAUCAAGUUUGAGAUUGACAUUGAGCCUGUAUUUGCCACAAUGGCCUUGUUUGACCUAAAAGAGAAGAAAAAGAUAUCAGAGAACUUCUACUGUGAUCUGAACUCAGAGCAGUUUAGAAACUUUUUAAAACCACACACUCCCCAUGUGGAUCACUCCAGUUUAGCCAGAUCUGCCAUCUUCUCUGUCACCUACCCCUCCACUGAUAUCUACCUGGUCAUCAAGAUUGAAAAGGUUCUCCAGCAGGGUGAGAUCAGUGACUGUGCAGACCCUUAUAUGACUUUGAGGGAAUGUGACUCUGCAAAGAACAAGGACAAGCUGGAGAAGCUGCGAGGACAGGCGGAGGCAUUCUGUCAGAGGCUGGGUCGCUAUCGUAUGCCUUUUGCCUGGGCAACCGUUAAUAUCAUGGAUGUCAUCACCACUGCCGCUGUAGAUCGAGACGUCACUGACUCAGAUAGUUUAAAAGGAGGUAAAUCGAGCAGCAUUGACCGCAGAGCACAGCUUCCCAGGAGAAACUCUGAGCGUUACAGUACCAUCGAUGAGCACUUUUGUAGCAUUUCUGCCUUCAAACCUGCUACCAUCACUAUCAGCACCAUCUUCAAACAGGAGGGAGAUCGUUUGAGUGAUGAGGAUUUGCUUAAGUUCCUUUCCGACAUCAAGAAAACCUCAACUCCACAGAGGAGAAUAAAGACCAUAUCAGGCUCCAUAAAACUGGACAUGUCUCCAGUGCAUGACUUGCCCCAGUCCUGUUUGUCCACUGAGCUCAUCCCUCUUAUACCAGUGGCUGAGAAGAACAUUAGGCCUGUCAAAGAGGUGUUGGAGUUUCCUUCCAGUGAAGUGUAUGUCCCUCACAAUAUUUAUAGGAACCUGCUUUAUGUCUACCCUCAGAGGCUGAACUUCGUCAACAGACUUACGUCAGCAAGGAACAUCACCAUAAAAAUUCAGUUCAUGUGUGGAGAGGAUGUGGGCAGCUCUCUGCCUGUCGUUUUUGGAAAAUCAAGUGGUCCAGAAUUUGUGCAGGAAGUCUAUACCCCUGUUACCUACCAUAACAAAUCCCCAGACUUCUAUGAGGAAGUAAAGAUAGCCCUUCCAGCACGUUUGACUGAGAGGCAUCACUUGCUGUUCACCUUCUACCACAUCAGUUGCCAGCAGAAACAGAACCAGAGUGGCAGCUGCGAGACACUCAUUGGAUACUCUUGGUUGCCCAUAUUAAAUAAUGACCGACUACAGACCGGUCAGUUCUGUCUGCCAAUUGUCCUGGAUCGACUGCCUGUUAACUACUCCCUGCACUCGCCUGAGAAACUUCCUGCCCAGGCACCCCCAGUCAAAUGGAUGGAGAGUCAUAAAGGACUUUUCAACCUCGAGGUCCAGGCUGUGUCGUCUGUGCACACACAGGAUAACCACCUGGAGCGCUUCUUUACCCUCUGUCAUGCCCUGGAGGGUGGAGCCACAUUCCCGCUUCGGGUCAGGGAGGAGAAGAUCCCAGAGAACAAGUUGGAGCAUGAGCUUAAACUCAGCAUCAUCUCCCUGUCCUCCUCCAGUUUAGAGCCUCUGGUUCUCUUUCUCCAUCUGGUGUUGGAUAAACUUUUUACCCUCAUCAUGCAGCCCAUGGUCAUUGCUGGCCAGACCGCCAAUCUGGCCCAGAUAGCCUUUGAGUCAGUGGUGUCUAUUGUCAACAGUCUCCAUAACAGUCAGGAGCUGAACAGAGACCAGCAGGGUAGGAACAGCCUCUUGGCGUCCUACCUUUACUGGGUCUUCCGUCUCCCCGAUCCCCCUCGGGACAUGCAUAAUUCAGCUUCAGGGAACCUGGUAACUUCUACAGAAAGCCGUUACAGCACCAUGGGUCGAGCCACUGCUGCCACAGUUGGCAAUAUGCUUCUCCAGUCCCGAAUCCGCAGCAGCAGCAAUCCUGACAUCCCUGGUCAUCCACACUCCUCUCCUGAAGAUAAUGAGGUCAAAAACAUAUUCUCAGCCAAGGGCCUUAACAACCCUGGAAGUCGCAUGUCCACCUAUGUGGAUGUUAACAGCCAUCAGAACUCUACAGGAAGCACCAGGCCAUCCAAUAGAAAGCAGUUUCACGAGGAGCUGGCCUUGCAGAUGGUUGUCAGCACUGGAGUCUGCAGAGAAAAUGCUUACAAAUAUGCAUGGUUCUUUUUUGAGCUGCUGGUGAAAAGCAUGGCUCAGCAUGUGUCUCAGCUGGAUAAGAACAAUGUCCCUCGGAGAAGCCGCUUCUCUGACCGAUUUAAAGACGACAUCACCACCAUUGUCUCUGUGGUUACAGCUGAGAUUGGGACUAUCCUCGUCAAACAGCAAAAGGAGGUAGAGCAAGCAGAGAAAGUCAACAUUAGCCUGGCCUUCUUCCUCUAUGACCUGCUGUCUCUCAUGGACCGGGGAUUUGUUUUCCAGCUAGUGAAGAACUACUGCAACCAGAUGUCCGCCAAAAGUGUUUCAAUGCCAACACUGAUCAGCAUGCGUCUGGAGUUUCUGAGAAUACUGUGCAGUCAUGAGCACUACCUCAAUCUGAGCCUUUUCUUCAGCAGCCCUGCCUCCGCCCCUGCCUCACCAUGUCCAUCCAUCUCCUCACAGAGUUCUGGUUCAUGUAGUUUCCAGGAGCAGCAGAGAAUCUUGGGGCUGUUUGAACUUUCUCAGGAAUUCAAACAGCAGCACUAUCUCACUGGUCUGCUGCUGACAGAGCUCAGUGCUGCUCUAGACAUGGAAUCCGAGGGGGGAAAAGUCCAGAGAAAGGCCAUCAAUGCCAUCUACAGCCUGCUGUGUUCCCACGAUCUUGACCAUCGUUGUAUUAAACCUGAAGUCAGAGCAAAAGUGGCUGCUCUCUAUCUCCCUCUGGUGGGCAUCAUUAUUGACUCCACCAACUAUCUGGACUUCACUGUUUCUGACUCACGUGGUGGGAAAAACAAGACGGGUGGACCUGAGGAUGACCUUGAAAAUGCCCCACUCAUCAAUCAGUCUGUUGCCAUGGCAAUUGCUGGGAACCCCUUUAACACCCUGGGCCGGAAUGUUCUUGUUUCCAUGGCAUCCCUGCAAGGUAAAUCUGUCGCCACCCUUGCCGCAGACACUAGUCGCCACCUAUUGGUGUGUUUCCUGUGGGUGAUGAAGAAUGCAGAUCGGAGCCUGAUUCAACGCUGGACUGUAGAUAUGCCGCCUUCACAGCUCAAUAAGCUGCUGGAGCUCCUUACUAUCUGUAUAUCGUGCUUUGAAUACAGGGGGAAACAGAGCAGUGACAAGGUGAGCACCCAGGCUUUACAGAAAUCUCAGCAGGCAAAGCUGCAACUGGAAGAAGCCCUGCUGAGAGGAAUGGGGGCCCGUGGGGAAAUGAUGAAACGAGUUGGAGGGAUGGAUAGGACCGUGGGUCAAAGAGAAAACUUGCGCUGGAGAAAAGACCUCACUCAGUGGAGACAGACAAAUGACAGACAGGACAAAACUAAAGCAGAAUUGGACCAAGAAGCUAUAAUCAGUGGAAAUUUAGCCACGGAGACCAACCUUAUUGUCCUGGAUCUACUAGAAACCAUCGUACAGGCGGUGCCUUUGGCCGAAUGUAAGGACAGUGUGGUUGGAGGGGUUUUGAAGGUGUUACUCCACUCUCUCACCUGUAACCAGAGUACCACUUUCCUCUCUCACACCUUCAGCACACUCAGAGCGCUAGUUGUGAAGGGGGACCUGUUGUUUGAGGAGGAGGCGGAGCAGUGUGCAGACCUGUGCCAGAAAGUUCUUCAAUACUGCAGCAGCCCCGUUGAUGACAACAGGAGCCAGGCCUGUGCCACCCUCUACCUCAUCAUGAGAUACAGCUACAGCAAUGCCAGCAAUUUCUCAAGAGUGAAGAUGCAGGUCACCAUGUCUUUGGCCUCUCUCGUGGGCAAGUCAUCAGACUUUCAGGAGGAAUACUUGCGACGCUCACUCCGUACCAUCCUAGCUUAUGCCGAGGAGGACACAGAGAUGCAGAACACUCAGCUACCUUCACAGGUUGAUGAGCUUCUAAGGAACCUUAACAGUAUUUUGUCAGACACAGUGAAGAUGAGGGAGUUUCAGGAGGAUCCUGAGAUGCUUAUGGACCUCAUGUACAGGAUAGCAAAGGGCUACCAGACGUCUCCUGACCUCCGUCUGACCUGGCUGCAGAACAUGGCAGAGAAGCACAACAACAGGAAGUGCUACACUGAGUCGGCUAUGUGCCUGGUUCACGCUGCUGCCCUGGUGGCGGAGUAUCUCAGUAUGCUGGAAGACCACAAGUACCUCCCUGUUGGCAGUGUCACCUUCCAGAACAUAUCCCCCAAUGUGCUGGAGGAGUCUGCAGUGUCAGAUGACAUCCUCUCCCCAGAUGAGGACGGGGUGUGUUCCGGACGCUAUUUCACCGAGAGCGGCCUGGUGGGACUGCUGGAGCAGGCUGCUGAACUUUUCAGCAAUGGUGGUCUUUAUGAGGCUGUGAACGAGGUCUACAAGAUCAUCAUACCAAUCCUUGAAGCACAUAGAGACUUCAGAAAGCUGGCAUCCACUCAUGAUAAACUACAGAGAGCCUUUGAUAACAUCAUUCAGAAGGGCCAUAAGAGGAUGUUUGGAACGUAUUUUCGCGUAGGUUUUUAUGGGGCCAAGUUCGGAGACCUGGACGAAAGGGAAUUCAUUUAUAAGGAACCAGGGAUCACACAUCUGCCCGAGAUAUCCCACAGACUGGAGAAUUUCUACAGUCAGUGUGUUGGAGAGGACACACUGGUGAUGAUUAAGGACUCAACACCAGUGGACAGAAAACAACUCAACCCCAACAAGGCAUAUAUCCAGAUCACUUAUGUGGAGCCCUACUUUGAUGACUACGAGAUGAAAGACAGGCUGACAAACUUCGAGAAGAACUUCAACCUGCGGCGCUUCAUGUACACCACCCCUUUCACCAAGAGCGGACGACCACGGGGUGAACUCAACGAGCAGUACAAGAGGAAGACCAUCCUCACCACCAUGCAUGCCUUCCCCUACGUCAAGACUCGCAUCAAUGUCAUUCAGAAAGAGGAGUUUGACCUAACGCCGAUUGAGGUGGCCAUAGAGGACAUGCAGAAGAAGACUAGAGAGCUCGCAGUUGCCACACACAGAGAACAACCAGAUGCUAAGAUGUUACAAAUGCUGCUACAAGGCUCUGUGGGUGCCACCGUCAACCAGGGCCCAUUGGAGGUGGCCCAGGUCUUCCUGAAUGAGAUCCCAGCAGACCCGAAGCUGUUCCGUCACCACAAUAAACUGCGCUUGUGUUUCAAAGAGUUUAUAAUGAGGUGUGGGGAGGCAGUAGAGAAGAAUAAGCACCUAAUCACCUCAGACCAGAAGGAGUACCAGCAAGAGCUAAAAAAGAACUACAACCGCCUUAGAGAAAGCUUGAGGCCCAUGCUGGAGAGGAAGAUUCCUGAGCUGUAUAAACCCAUCAUCAGGCCUCGUCUGGAAAACAGGGAUUCCUUCAAACGCUUAAGUUUCCGCCGAGCUCAGGAGGAAAACUCGUGAGAUGCCAUGGCUUGUCUAAGGAAGUGCUAUGAAGAGGAAGGGGAGGCUGUCACAAAACUGCGAGAGGAAGAGCGGCGAUAAGAUGAAAAGAGGAGACGAAGGAGGAAAGGAGCUGCUAGUGAUACCCUCAUACUUGGAGGAUUCGCAAUCACUUUCUUCACAAUCUAGCAGUGUUUUUUAUUGUAUGCUGUAUGUCCAUUUUUAGGAUUUCAUGGUUACUUGUUACAGGAGCCAAAAAGAGGAAUUUGGCAAGGAAAGUGUAGCUUAUUGAGAAUUUCACUGUUAAAUCUUCAGAUGCUUUUUGGUCUGUUGAUUUUCCUUUUUAGAUAACAGCAAGUCCUAAAAGUGCUGCAAAACAUUUCCUCUGGGUUGGUAAAGAGGCAGGCUAGAGUUCUCUCUGAGGUCCUUGCUGGCCCGGGGCCUGUAUGUGUGCCAAUAAUGCUAAGUGUCCUGUGUGUAUGUGUAAAUGUGUAAAUGAAUGUGUUUAUUCAAACAGUGUAUAGAGUAGAAUAUUUUGGUGCCGUACUGAAGUCACUUUGUAUUCAGUGAUGAUUCUGUUAUGCUGUGUGCCUCUAAAAUUCCACAUUGGGCAUUUCUGCAUGAUAUAUGACAGUUGGUCCAGCAAAAGGAUAGAUGGGUGUUUGCACUUGAAAAAUAGAUACAAAUUCCUCUGUCAGGUUUUGUCAUUCUUUUUCAUUUUAAACACACAUCAUGUGGCCAUGUAGCUUGUGUUAGAGUUGACUGAUGUCAUCUUGCGGGACACAAACCUAUACACAAACUAAACUCUGAAUCCACAUUUUGUAUAAAGGAGAUAAAGUAUCUUCCACUAGCUGUUUACAAAGGUUUGAGAAACUUUUUUUGAUUUAACUUUAAUUUUUAGAUGAAUAAUAGCAAUAAUGUUUGAAGAGAAACUCCUCUAGGCAAGACUCGGUGCACCAUAAUGAUCAAAAUGUUCUUGUUCUUAAUAAUACUUAAUAGUUUGUAAAUAGCCCACUUUCUACAACACACACAGUGCCAAAUUUAAUUCUUUAUUUACUUAGGGAGUAAGAUACUUAGCCAGAGAUGCAAUAUUUUAACAGUUGCCCAGCACAGUUUGUGCUUAGCAUUGUGAAUUAUGUUUACUCCACAUGUCAGAUACAUUCCAAAAGAGAAAUUUGACAUUUAACAAACGGCUCAUUUUGUCUGUUAUGUUGCAAAUCAUACUGUAUGUAAGUGAGAGUGCUAGUAUUUCAAAAGUUGGUAUGCAUUUUUAUAUAUAAAUACUCACUUGUUGUCCAUGUGCUUCCAGGUACAUAAAUGAGUUAUUGAAUGAAUUAUCAUUUUAAAAUGGCUGACGAAGUUGGAAAAGUUAUGCAACUUGGGUAUCAUUUGUGAGUUUUUAUUAAAAAUGUGUGCCUAUUUUUGAGACAUGCAGAAUGUUUGUUUUAGACUAUGUAUUGGUGGAAUUCAACCACUGGAAAAGCAUUUCGUGUUCUUCACUUUUUUGUAUGUCCAUAUCUGUUGUGUUUUAUUAAAUGUGGAAUUUUAACAUGUCAUGCAUACAAUGUUCAAAAAGCAGCUGAAUAAAAUUUAAUAUAUGCACAGUU